CGGGGAUCCCCUGCGCCUGCGGUUAAGUUAGGCUCUGCAGCCUGCCACCCUCUGUUGUUCCACACCUCUGCGCUAAAUCAGCGCUACGUCCUUCGUAUAUAUAAACCCUCCCCCGCCGUGCUUCCCCCCUUUGGACCCCCCACACCCUGCCUCUCUGACAUACACUCACACCGUACCAUGCAGCAGCCCACUCUCCAAAACAUGCGCAUCCGCUCCACGCGCGAUGCAUGCCAAAUAUUCUACGCCGUCGCAAGAAAUGUCCUGCGCAUGACCACCCACCGCCUCGACGCGGAAGAGCGCCGAGCAAUAAAAUCCGGCAACGUCUACGUCUGGGAGGAACGUUGCGCCAACGCCGAAGCCACCGGUAUGGGCAUGGAGCGAUGGACUGACGGCAUGGGCUGGGGGCCCAGUCGCGUCCGAGACGACUUCCUGUUCUAUCACCAGCGCGAGAACGGUCUCAACGAAGACUCGGGCCACCCCUCCGCGCGGUGGACCACCAUGAUGAAGGGUCGCGAUACUCGCGGCGGAAAGCCGGCAUUCGCCCGCUCGGACGCUGAACGCCUUAUAAAGCAAACAUACAGCGUCCACGUAUCCUUGCCCGAGGACAGACCGCGAGGUGUCACUCGGAAAUGGCAUCUUACCGCAUACUUCAGCCAGACCACUCUGGAUAGUCUGGGCACCAUCGAUGACAUCCCCAACGUGGGGGAUGUACCUGCGCCGGAAGGUUGGUUUCGUAGUGCUCGCGCCAGCAAGGGGAAACGUGCGGAGAAUGGGUCGGGCGAUGAGCUCGUCUCUGCUCAGGACCCAUGGGGCCUCGGAUUCCAACCUCCCCCGAACCAUGGGAUGUCUCAGUUCCCCGUUGAGCCCGCCUUCGCCGUGCAAGGCAUGCAGUUUGUCGGGCCUGCCUCAGCCGGUAACGUACCGCACGCUGCGUACACCUACGGCCCUCGCCAGACGGUGCGUGUCGACUACCAACCUGUCGCGGGUACAAGUGUGCAACCCUACGGUGCCUCCCAACCCGCGGGACGUCCACAUCUGCCGACAUUGCAAGACAGCGGCCUUAAAUCCUACCGCGACCCGUCCCCGCUGAACUUCACCUCCUCCAACUCAGCGUCGUCCUCGUCGGACUACGACGCCUCACCGCGCCUGCCCUUUGCGUCCCCUCUCACGCCGCCGCCUGUCAACACGCGCACCAAGGCCGUCGUGGUCCAGGCUGAGCGAUCGUCGGGCGGACCGCGUGACCUCGUUCCGCUCGAUGUGCUGCAGGCUGCCUCGCGCAUACCGCGCGACCCCGUCGACGAGCAAUUUUUGCGGAAGCUGUCCAAGUCGAAGACGGGCAGCCGGGACGUGCCCCGCUCGUUCGCUGGGUCGCCGCACCAGAGGCUCGGCGCACCAAUCCUCGACGGUGAAGACAUCAAACCCCGCAUCCCCUUGCAAGCGGAGUGGUGAAAGCCGCGGGUGUCGUGCGCGCGCGCCUCUCCGAAGGACCCUCAAAAUUUGCCCCCUUGUUUACAAUAUUCGUAAUGGUUAACGGACGCUGAAGCAUAACGCUAGCUAUACCCCGCAUAUGUACAUGUACUAUACAGCAUGUAUCCUCCCUGUAACUCGCUCUGACAUCGCAGUGCUCUCGAGGACACUUCGCUCUUCCGUGUCGCUCCGCCCACGCUAUGCAUGUGCUCCUGGCUUUCACCGCAUCCCCCUUCAAUCCCCCUUGCCCUGCAAGCUCUACAUGACUACGUUCCGUACCUGCCUAAUGUGAAGGGGCGAAAGGCUGAUCGACCCUGACUCGGUCCGGGAGACGCAUGGUCGG